AUGAAGUUGAACGCCGUUGCUGUCAGCUUGGCUACGGCCUCCAUGGUGGCUGCCCAGCACCACCACCACCAGCACCGUCACCACCACAAGCGCAACCCUGAGGCCGAGGUUGUCACCGUUGCUGGUCCCACUGUGGUCACUUAUGUUCUCGACGGCAAGACCAUCACUCUUGAGGAAGUGUGCAAGGGUAUCGCCGACAAGACCUUGACCUGGGCUUCUGGUCAGGACGUGCCUGAUGUCUGCAAUGGCUCUAGCAGCUCUUCGACUACUGCCGCUUCGACCUCUACUUCCACCACCGCAGCUCCUGCCCUCAGCUCCGUUGCCGAGUUCGUCGAAGUUGCUGUCGCUAAGGCCACUUCCUUCAGUAGCUCUUGGAGCUCCAGCAGCUCUUGGAGCUCCAGCAGUGCCAUUUACUCUUCCACUGCGGCUGCUGCCAGCUCUACAAGCGUAUCCAGCUCCUCGUCCGCCACCGGCCUGGAUGCGGACUUCCCCGAUGGAGAAUUGGACUGCGAUACCUUCCCCUCUGACUACGGUGCUAUCGCCCUUGACUACCUCGGACUUGGCGGCUGGUCCGGUAUUCAGUACGUGACGAUUUCCGAUAACGUCGUGACUGAGAUCACCACCGGUGUAUCUGGCGAUAGCUGCACCAGCGGCGCUAUGUGCUCCUAUGCCUGCCCCGCGGGAUACCAGAAGUCCCAGUGGCCUAGUGCUCAGGGUUCUACUGGACAGUCUGUUGGUGGCAUCCAGUGCAAGAACGGCAAGCUCUACCUCACCAACACCAGCUUGUCCAAGAAGCUUUGCAUUGAGGGCACUGGUGGUGUUCACGUCCAGAACACUCUCAGCGAGAGUGUUGCUGUUUGCCGUACUGACUACCCUGGUACCGAGUCCGAGACCAUCCCUCUUCACCUCGGUGACAAUGCGCUCCAGCCCUUGACAUGCCCUGAUGGCGAGACCUACUACAAGUGGGAGGGCAAGAUUACCUCUGCUCAGUACUACGUUAACCCCAAGGGUGUUUCUACCGAGGAGGGCUGCCAGUGGGGCAACGGCUCCGAGGCUAUCGGCAACUGGGCCCCUAUUAACCUCGGUGUCGGUGUUAACGACGGCAAGUGGCUUUCCAUCUUCCAGAACAGCCCUACCACCACCGAGAAGCUGGACUACAAUGUCAAGAUCGAGGGUGACGACCUGAGUGGCUCCUGCAAGUAUGAGGAUGGUGUCUUCUAUUCCGAGUCUGGCUCCAACGAUUCCGGCUGCACUGUCGAGGUCCUCUCCGGCUCCGCCACCUAUGUCUUCUACUAG